AUGGCCGACCCUGUUGAUGACAAAAGCCAGGCCACCGAAUCUGUCACCGAAGAUUCGAGUAGCUUGAGCCGAAUCGUGGAAGUUCGACUACCAGAUUCUAACGAUGAAUCCGACGAUCAAGUUCGACGACCAUUCAGUGCAAGUCCGAUUGGUUCGAGUCGUCGAUCGCCGUAUUUUAUGAUCCAUUCUCCCGUUUCGGCUUAUGAAACGAGUAAGUUUACUUAAAUUUCAAAAGUAUAAACUAUUUUUAAUUAUUUUAUUAUUAUAAAAAUUAUAACACAUAUUAUAUAAUUGAUUUUCAGAUCAGGAAAGAACGCUGCAACGCACAGACAGUGCUAGCACGAUAUCAGAAACCCAUUUGCUACAUAAAGAAGGAGCACAGGACAACUUCUUCACAGAAGAGCAUUGGAGUUCAGAAAUCAAGUCUUUCGUGACAUCCUCCCCGCCAAAGUUCGCACAAGUACUAAAGGCCUAUCGAGUAUUAGCGACGGAUCGCCUGACUUUUGUGGUAGAAGUCAGCAGCGACCCGCCAGCCAUAUUCGACUGGUUUUGCAACGACCAAUCCGUGUCGAUCGACCGGCGGAGAUUCACCGUGCGACACGCUGUCAACGCCACUACACUCACUGUCGAUGGCCCCGAACAGGGAGUGUACAGCUGUUCAGCGAGAAACCCAGCCGGUGUUUCUAAAACUUAUGGGUUUGUUACAGUAGCCGGUAAGUAACGUAAAUGGUUUAAGGUAAAGAAAUAUUAUAGAAUCCGUUUUUAUAUCAAAAAUUAAUGACAAAUUCAGAUCCAACCGCUCAUCGUGAAUCAUUACUCGACUUUGCAUCGUCUGAUGAAGCAGCGCGAGUAUUCAAAGAAAAACUACAUAACCAAACAUCCGAGCAACAAGCAACCUUACGAAAACCACCAAAAUUCACGAAUCAGAUACCUAACUUGACAUUAAAACCCGGCAAUGAAGCUAUUAUCGAUGUAGAAGUCGACAGUCAGUCAUGGACAAAGUAUGUUUUUAACAUUAGUAAGAUUAACGCUAAGAAAUCACAUUAUUGUUGAGAUUUAGGUUCAUGUGGUACGUCAAUGGAAAGCUAGUUCAACCGGACAACUCCAACGUCGAGUUCUUUUCUCCUAAACCUAACCGAUGUGUAGCCUUGUUUAAAAUACCGUUUUCUGGAGAAUACUCUGUUGUAGCGCAAAACGAAGCUGGCAUAGCCAAGAGCAGUGGCUACGUCGAAAUUUCGAAAGGUUUGACAUUUUAAAAUAGUUUAUACCGAUUGAGAAUUUUAUUUUUUAAUGUCAUUAUACAAUUGACACGUUUUAAUUAACUAAAAAUAUUACGUUUCAGAUGCAACAAUGGUGCCUCACUCUCAUCUCUUAAGAUCAAGAGGAAAGGCGGCCUUGCCUGGAGGCAGCAGUCCACGCAGGUCGGCCUCGAUCACCAAGACUACAGUUCACAGCGUUACCUAUGUUUCGAGGUGCAACAGUCUACCGAGGAACGAACCAAUCGACGAAACUCCAGAAGCCCGAUUGAGUAGACAGUCGAUGACUCCAGAGAAAACAGGCCCACAGAUGGGAAUCAGCGUCUACGCUCCGAAGUUCGUGCCGGAGUUGCCGUCACAACUGUUCCAGGCUAAAGAUGAGAAAAUGGUGAUAACAGCACAUGUACUGGCACAACCCACGGCAGAAUUCUACUGGAACUACAACGGAAAACCCGCAAUAAACUCUGAUACCGUAAAAGUCACACACGAAGACAACCAAUCAACGUUGACGAUAGAACCACCAGUACUAUUUGGCACGUUCGAUGUCAUUGCGACAAAUGUUGCGGGUUCAGCCAUGAACCAAAUAAUAGUCUACGACAAGGAGUCGGAAGAAGCCAAAUUACUGGCCAAAGCAGACCGACCUAAAGUCGUCGAAAAUAUCACCACAUUGGUCAGGACAGACGUCCAACGUGAAGCCAUCAUAAGUCAUUCUGAUGAGGACUCAGACGACACUUUUGUCAUAUACACCGCAGACGAAGAAGAUGUCCAAGAUGGUGUAGUUAGAGAGUCGGAGACAAUCAAAACGUCACAGAACGUCCUCAUACCUCCAAAUGUCAUGUACCCACAAAAGCCGGUGUUCAUCGAGAUGCCAGCAAGCCAGUUGAUUUCACUAGAAGCAGACGAGAAGUUUGAAGCCAAAGUCCAGCUACAAGCACAUCCACCGGCCUUGGUUCGGUGGUAUUUCAAAAAUGUUGAGUUAAAGCAGGAUGAAAACAUUGAAAUUAUCGAUUCCGAGCCGAACACAUCAACAAUCAUCCACUCCAAGCCUCAAAGCGGACUUUACAGAGCUGUCGCCAUGAACGAGCACGGUAUGACAGCAUUGGAGUUACGCGUUUUUGCAAGUGACAUUGAUGCCGGUACCGUGCCUACUAUCCAAGCUCCCACAGAAAGCGAAGUUACAAAGCCGGUUGUCAUUGCCCAGAAAAGUAUCGAACAAAUAAAAGAAGAGACGCCUCGACCACCAACAAUAACUCGACCUUUAUUACCUAACUACAUCUUGAAACAGCAACCUUUGAUAUUAGAAACAGAAGUCGAUUCCAGUCCGAUGCCCACAUUCCAAUGGAAGUACAACAACAGCGACCUUGCAGAUGAUGGAGACAAAAUCAAGGUCGAACGGACGAAUACUGUAGCCAAAAUUACAAUUAAAGACGCAGAAGAAGGAAGAUACGAAGUUGUAGCCCUCAACGAUCAUGGCAAAUGUGUAUCCUCAACAAAAGUGGUUUUAGAAGCCGAAGAGCCGUUACUGUUUGUGAAUACAUUACCAAAACUGACUGUAAGCAAUGGUAUCCUUCGUGUCAAAGUCAAUUCCCCCAAUGGCGCUUUCAAAUGGUACGAAAACGGGCAAGAAGUAACUGAAGGUGAAGAUUUCCAUAUCGAAUACGGGUCUGAUUCAUCUACACUAACGAUAUUGAAGCCCAGAAAAGGGGCUACACUUACAGCAACUUAUACUUUGGGAACCAAUCAAAUUACAACGGAAACAAAAAUAGGUAAAAUUAAAAUAACAUUUGACGUAAAAACAAGUCUAGUUAUGCUCAACCACAUAAUGAUUGUUUAUAAAGUAAAUUUAACUAUUUUAGAAGAUGAAGAAGAAUCUGAGGACAAAACAAAAGAAAUGAAGCCAUUGGAAGACCAAGAAACCACAAAUAUUAACAAAGAAGAAGGUAAGACAUAGUUAAAUGAAUUGGAAAUUAUUAUUAUCCAUAAAUUUACAUUAAUGCACGUUUUCGUGAAGAUAUCUAUCAUAUUAACAUUAAAACAAUGUGCAAUAUUUUAGAAAAAUACAACUUACUGGUCAAAGUCGCAGAAUCCCUGGCCGAAAGCUUGGUAGCUAAUAUUAUCCUGCAAGCAGUUCAAGAAACCACACUAAGGAUCUCACUCAACAACUCCAAGAACAAACUUCAAGACGGUCAUUUCAAUGUGGCCGAAUCAGACGAAUUGGCUCCGCAAUUCGUAAUGAAAAACGAAAGAUUCAAGGUAUCAGAAGGAGAAACCUUGACAAUCCACGAAAGCUUGACUGGAGCACCCUGUUCUAACGUGAUUUGGCUCAGAAACGGGGUGGAGAUAUUCGAUGAAGAGUAAGAGUUCUAAUUUUCCCCAAAAUUCCAUAAUUUUUUGGAAACAAUAUUUUGUUUUGAGACGAAAUGUCCACUUGGACGAAGUGUCAAAACAUUUUUGUUUAUUUUUUUGAAAGUAAAUUUGACAACAAUGUAUAAAGUUCAGAUUUUAAAUAUCUAACCAUAGCAAAAAUGCGGAAUACUCAAAAAUCACAUAAUAAAUUGUUAACCGUGAGUUUUUUGUUUAGUAGAGUUGAAAAAAUAACGACAGAAGGACACGUUCAAUUGGUCAUUCACAAUGUCAUCCUAGACGACUAUGGAGAAUAUCGUUGCCGCGUGGAGAACGACUAUGGAUGUGCUGAAUUUAUUGGCAAAGUUUCAGAUGGUGAUGAAGGUUUGUUUUUGAUUUAAAGUGUUUGCCGUGUUAUUAUUUUUGUUUUAGGUAAGAAAAAAUAAAUAAAAUAUGAAUAUAUAAGAAGCUAGGGUUUAUAAAGUAAUUUUAGGUAACAUGUAUGUUGUAGAACUUGAAAUUGUGCCUUAUACAAAUUAGAAAAAUCGAUUUGAAAAUAUGAUUUUUAGGUGACCUAGAAGAACCUGAAGAAAUUAGCCAGAAAGCCUUAAACGUGGACAUUAAAGACGGGACGUUACAGCAGAUUAUAGAAUGUAUCAUAGCUGACAUUCCUCACGUGCAGUCGGCUUUUACAAUUGGCCGAUCAAUUGAAACGACGGCCGUUGUGAAUCUGAAGGUUAAGGGAAAAGGCGUCACAGAAGAUCCGGCUACAUCACACGAUAUUGUGGAGAAGCGUGAAAAGCGACACAAUAUUCCUAGUAUUGUUGUUGAGGCACAUCAAGAUGAGGAGCCAAAAAUCGAAGAACGAGAAGUUACUGAUGUUCAGGUUGAAACACACGACGAUGAAGAGGACUUUGAAAUUGUGGUAAGUAUUAUAAUAUUGUAUUCAGAGUGAGGAAAAAGAGUCAAACAUUAAAAAUUAUGUUUUUGUUGAAUGUAAUAUUUGCUAAUUACGUAAGUUUUUUUAGUAUUUGUUUCAGUCUUCUUAAAUCAGGGGUAAGGGUUUUUUUACCUUGACAAGGAAAGUACCCAACCUGCAACUCUCAGAAUUAGCUUAAAAUUUUUAUAUGGAUUCUUUGUAGUACCAGUAGCACAUAUAAAAAAUCUUAGCUUGCGGUUUUAAGUUUAAAGUUAAUAUAUUUAAAUUUCCCGCCAACUUGGCAAAUUUGGCAUUGUGUUGCAAGCACUUUUUUUGACUUUCCAGACAAGAUAGACUUACAAAUUUAAAAUUGCAGGUUCAUUUGAAGCUUUUCUAUCAUUACAUUAAAGGAAAAUAGUUAAAAGUCAAAAAAUAAGAAAGUUAUAAGCUUGAAACACUAUGCCAAUUUGGCGGGAAAUUCAAAACGUGAAUUUUUGAUUUCGAUUUUCUCAAGUCUGGCCGCAAACCGCAACUUAGAAUUUUGCAUAAGAUCUUACAUUUACAUGAUCUUGCAAUUAAAAAAUUUUGAACGAAAUCUGAGCGUUGCAGGUCGGGUACCUUCCUUGUGAGUUAAAUAAUUAAAUAAAUCUUUAGGAUGCACCACAGAUUGUAGAAGGUUCAUCUGAAGAACAAUUGUCUUCUGGAAGCGAAGUUACCUUAGCUCCUCGAUUCCAACAGGCAUUACUCAAUAUAUCUUGUAGAGAAAGCAAGACGUUACAGUUGAAAUGCAUUGUAACGGGAGUUCCCAUGCCCAACAUUGAAUGGUUUUUCAACGGAGAACCAUUGUCAACUAAUGCGUAAGUUUAUUUAUUUUAAACUUCGGAUUGUGACAAUUAUUACAUUAAUAUUAGUAGGAUAUUUUAAAAAUUUAAAAAUAAAAGCUUUGUUAUUUUAGGAAUAACUUCAAACGAAAAUUGAAAUUAUUUGUUUCAGCUAUUUAGAAAAUAAAGAGCUAUUUUUAGAAAUCAAACGAUUGAAUUCGAGGACGGUGUAGCUUUGUUACGGAUUCGGAAUGCUUCCGCUGAUAACGAAGGACAAUACACGUGUACCGCGACCAAUUCCGUAGGCGCUGAAUCAACCGCUGGCUUUGUCAAAAUUACGGGUUAG